AUGUUUACUGCAAUAAAGAUUAUUAAUCAUUUUAUUCUUUUUAAGAUUAUUGAAAAUAUUUUAAGAUUAAGUAUUGAAAAGAGUUAUUGUAUGAGUGUAAUUCUAAAUUUGUAAGUAACAGGAGUAUAUUUCAAAUAAUUGUUAGAUUUAAGGUUUUACAAAUGUAUAAAUAUAAAUAAAGUUGGUUUAAUAAAAUAAUUACUAGAUUUUAUUUUAAGAUAUUUAUUAACUUAAAAUAUUAAAGACAAACUUAAAAUAGUAAAAUUUUAAAUUAAAAUUGGAUAAAAUUUUAUAAGAUUUUGA